GUUUCAUUGUGGCUUGUUUUUGUUGUCAUCGUUCGAUAAAAGAAAUUAUAAAAUAUACGUACUUGUUAAAUUUCACAGUAUUUUACACGCAGGUUGACAUCGGUAUAAAAAAAAAUAAUAAUAAUUUAUAAUCGUUUCGUUUGUAAUUUAAAAUCUGCCGAGGAAUCGCCAAUAAUCCAUCGUUGUUCGCCGUAGAUGAAAGUAUUCGAACACUGCAAUCGCAUUACAUAUUGAGCAGACUGAGAAAACCUACCAUGGAACAAUAUAUUGUGAGCAGUAAUAGCGCACUGGAGCUGAAACUCGUGCGUAAAGCCGGUGAUAUCAAUGAUCCGAAAUUAUCAUUUUAUCCCGAUAUGACUUACCAAGUGUUUGGAAACAUGGAAAAAAUAUUUGGCUACAAAGAUCUCGUCGUGAAGAUGUAUUACACCGCUUGUACUCUGAAGCUUUACAUUGGAAUUGACUAUUCGUCUAAAGUAGAACCAGAAAAGUUUGACGUGCACCCCGACGACAUAAUGGAGAAAUUGAAGGAGUACGUCUCUCCGGAGUUCAUCACCAAUUUGGACGUUUUCGAAAAAUGUUUGGAGAAUGAAUCCUCGUUCACGCCUUAUGGAAACUUACUCAACAAGUUUGCCCUUGAUGCCGGUGAGGGUGAAGCACAGUAUGAAGUUUAUGCGAUAGAAGACGAAAAUGCUUCUUUCAACGAGUACUUUAAUCAGCUGCAGACGUUUGUUUUGUGGUACAUCGACGCGGCAAAUUUCAUAGACUUUGACGAUUCCAAGUGGAAAGUUUUCAUCAUGUAUGAACUGUUCAAAAAUGAUAACGGUGAUCAGUGUUACACUCCGGUCGGAUACUGUACUAUUUAUGAGUAUUACGCUUAUCCCGAUAAGGUCCGUCCGAGAAUCAGUCAAGUGUUGAUACUACCUCCUUUCCAACGCAAAGGUCUUUGCGCAAAGCUUUUGAACUCGGUGUACAAACAUUAUGCUACAAAAUCGAACGUCAUUGAUAUUACCGUGGAAAGUCCAAAUGAUGAAUUUCAACUCGUUCGGGAUUUUGUCGACGCUACCAAUUUCAAUCUACUCGAAAAGUUUAAUAAAGAAAGUUUGAAGAGCAUGCGCCACAAAGAAAUGGUCGAAGAAUUUAAAAACCGCUACAAAAUCAAUCCGAAACAAUUGCGUCGCGUUUUAGAGAUAGUACUACUGAAAUAUACCAACCGUUUUGAUGCCGAAGAUUAUGAAAAGUAUAAAAAAUUUGUGAAAGCCCGAUUGAAUUGGCCUCUUAAGAGGAAACCGACAAAACUGAUGUUAGCCAUGCCAGCCGGAGAAGCAGAUAAAAUCCUGAAAGCCGAAGCCGCCGACAAACUAGACGAAAUCGAUAUUGAGUACAAGGAACUGGAACAGUUCUACGAUAAAGUGAUCAAAAGGCUGGAAACUAAUUGUUCGGUUUAACCGUUCAAAAGUUUCACAUCGAGGAGUUUCGAUAAUUAUACUGCUUACAAAAAAAAUCA